AUGAAAUUCGUUUUAGUUGUCUUAAUUUUUUGUGUAUUUUUUGCGAACAGUUCAACUAUUCAAAGUACAAAUAUCAUUUAUAAAGUAUUGAGUCCAAAAUAAUCAAAAAAGUGAUUGAAGGAGAAGAUAGAUGGUUUGAAGGUACUCUAGAAAUAUAUUGUAGAAAUUUCUUAAGAAUAUGAAGACGCCAUUUAUGAAUAUGAUGACUAUCCAGAUGAAUUGAGCUUAGGCCAUUAGAUGGAUUUAGGAAGACUUAUUGAUAAUUAUGAUAUCCCAGAAGACUGUUAUGAGGAUGUGAUUAGUAUCUAUGAAUAUUAUGAUACUGAUGAACCAGAAUAAAAUAUUAAGAAGAAUAAUCCAAAUAAUUUUUAAGUACAUGAUUUGGGAGAGGAAGAAUUUCUAAAAAUUGAAUAGGUUGAGGAUCAAAAUGAAGAAGUUUAAAGUGUUAUGGUAAAAUAAUAGGAAAGAGAACAACCAUAGACAUCUUAAAAAAAUGAUAAAAAGAGUAAAUAAAAUAAAAAGUAGAGUGGCAUGAAUUUUAGAAAGAAACAUAAGAAAUGA